UUUUGGCUCUAAUGGUGUAAUCGUCUCGAGAUAUGACUCCAAAAACCAAUAGUCGUUUGUUUUGUUGAAGAAGACGUCCAAUCAUUUGAUUGUUUUGUUUUAAACUUUGAUUAGUUUUUUGGGAAAUGACUCGAAAACUGAUGAAAGACUUGAGAAUCAGUCUAUUAAAGAGUCGACACAUAAAAAGGUCGUCAUCGGCGGAAGCGGCGGCGGCCAGAGUUAUGUUUCUCGGCGCCAAAUCGGUCGGCAAAACCACUUUAUUUGCUAGUCGUAGGAAUCAAGAGGUCUCUUCACAUGAAGACAAUGACGACGAGAAAUACAUGACCAAAGUUUCUGUCGAUGGAAAAGAGGAUCAGUUCUUAAUAUUAAUCGACAUUAAAGAUGAUAUCAACAGUAGUUUACAUACUUUCGUUUGGGGUAUUAAACCGAAAGUCGUAGUCAUUGUUUACGACAAAACAGUCGGCCAAACGUUGACCGAAACCGAGUCUAUACUGAAAAGAAUCGAAAAAUUGUCGGUUCGGCGUCUCUUAGUGGCCAACAAGUCGGACUGCGGCGGCGAUUCUGACCAAUCGGUCAACUUAGAGAAUGGACGACAAUUGGCCGACAAAUACAAAACAGAGUUCUUGGAAGUGUCGGCACUGACCGGUCAAGGCGUAGAUAUUAUGUACAAAACAAUAGCGGGACUCGUCUCUAGUGAUCCGCAGAUCCCGCAGAUGGCGGCCAUCAAUCCCGAGACGGGUUCGCCUCAUCCAUCACUCCGAUACUCUAACGGACACAUCUGAACUAAACAUUUCCGGAAGUUCUUCGGCCGAAUCCGAUCCCAACCAGGAUAUCGAUAUUAUUGAGUAAUUAAUUAAUUAAUUGAAUAGAAAUCCGAUUAAUUAAUUGUAAAAUAAUGUUUAAAUUAAUUAUUUAUUUAUUUUUUUUGAUUACCG